GGCCCACCGAGACGCGGAUGCCCGGGCUGUGGCUCUGGCAGGGACCACUAACUGGGGCUACGACUCUGAUGGGCAGGGCCUCCGCAGACUCCCUGCCCAGGCCAGCAAGAGGCCUCGGCCUGCAUUCCUGUCCCGCCUCCAGCUCCCCCUGACCACGUGACCUGAGCAAUCUGUUCUCCUGCCUGUCUCUGCCUGGCCAGCUCAUCGCUAUGAGAUGCAGGAGGUGUUGAGGGACCAGGGCAUAGCACGUGACACGUUUGAAGCUUGUCUGUUGCCUAAUGGGCUUGGAGUCCUUGGCUGUGUGGGUGGGCGUGUCACCCUGAGCAUGUCUGGAGACUGAACACACACCUCCCUUCCCUUCGGCUCUGAUGCUUGUCCUGUGGUUGGUGGUGGGCUGCUGUGCAGGGGGCUGGCCAGAUUGACCCCCCAGUGCUCAGGUCUGCGACCCUGGCACUUGACAGUGGGAAGGGGGUCGCCUCUCACUAGCAGUGGGUCUGCCUUGGCUUUUGGGGGAUCAGCAUUCCAUGCAGGUGGGGUGCUUUGGGCCUUCCUCCCGUCUCCUGUUGGCAUCUGUCUCUGCUUCUGGCCUCCUUAGCGCAGUUUCCGCCGCGUGGCUUGUGUGGCCGCUCCAUAGCCCUGGGUGUGACAGGAGACACACAAGGAGCAGGUUUUUUCAGCCUCUGUUCCUAGUGGGAGAAAGCAGAUCAGAAUAGGAGCAUGGGACGGGAGGGAGGGGCUGUAAGAGCCUCUUUUCUAGGGGCAAAGAGGAGACAGAUGGACCCAACUGGAGUGGGGGUGUGGGCCUUACACUCAGGGCAGCAGGAUGCUAAGGUGGGCCAGGCCCUGCUCCGGGUCUAAGCAAGGGCACCUGGCCUGCUGUGCAGAUGGCAUUUCAGGAGAGCAGGGGGUGGAGGGUGGAGCCUGACCAGGACCCCAGCCUGCUGGGCUGCCAGAGCGACACCUAGAGCCUACCUGCACUCUGGGACUGGUCAGUGAGACCCCAGCCCCUUGCGGGUUGGCUCAAGGUCUGUGUCCAGGGGGGCCUGUCCUUAGAAGAGGAACAGCUCCGUGCAUAGACAACAUCUGUAGUAUUAGUAGCCCUAGUUGGCUUUCAGGAAGGAUCUGGUUCUGGGCCACAGUCAGUCUCCUGAGACAUGGCGCACGUGCUGUGAGGAUUAGGCCCCUCUGCAUGUCUUGUGGCAGAAGCUUCACGCAUGGACAUGGGAGCACGGGGCUCCAGGGCCCUGUGCUAUGGGUUAAGAGCCACCCAUUCCAUGGAUGAGCACAGGGCCAUAGCCUAGGACAGGCGCAGGGGCUCUGCCACAGUGAGGGCCCCCCUGGAGCCCACAUGCUCCCCGUGGGGAGAGCCAGGCUGCCUUUGUUGGGUCAGCAGCAGACUUUGUCCUGGGGCUCCCUUGCUUCAGGUGGCCCAGAGAAGGAGAAACUGGGGAGCCGACAGCCCCACCUGGCUGGUUGUCAGCAGGGCGCCCAGUGACCCCAAGGCUGUGCGGAGGUGGGGUAGAGUCCUUCAGCUCAUUCCCAGGAGGCCAGAGCAGGUGUCCGGGGUCACCUGGGGUGGCGCUGGGCAAGGGUGGGGGCUGACUCUCAGGAGACCCAGGGAAGCCCUUUGAAGCCAAAUCUGCAGGCGCUUGCUUGGGGCAUGGGUGUGGUUGACCCCGCACGUGGUGGAUCUCAGGAUGGAGGGCGGAGGGCGCGCCAGGCGGGAGCAGCCAGUCCUUCUCUCCCAGCACAGUGACUCCGACUCCGACCCCGAGUCCUCUGCCCUGCCGCCGCCCAUCCCCAGCGCUGUGCCCGUGACCGGGGAGUCCUUCUGUGACUGUGAUGGCCAGAGCGAGGCCCCCUUCUGCAGCAGCCUGCACUCGGCGCGCCGCAGCAAGGACAAGGACUGCCGCUGCGGCGAGGAGGACGAGCAUUUUGACUGGGUGUGGGAUGACCUGAAUAAAUCCUCGGCCACACUGCUAAGCUGCGACAACCGAAAGGUCAACUUCCACAUGGAGUACAGCUGCGGCACGGCAGCCAUCAGGGGCACCAAGGAGCUGGGGGAGGGCCAGCACUUCUGGGAGAUCAAGAUGACCUCGCCAGUCUACGGCACCGACAUGAUGGUGGGCAUUGGGACGUCGGAUGUGGACCUGGACAAGUACCACCACACAUUCUGCAGUCUGCUCGGGAGAGAUGAGGACAGCUGGGGUCUCUCCUACACAGGGCUCCUCCAUCACAAGGGUGACAAGAUGAGCUUCUCGUCGAGGUUCGGCCAGGGCUCCAUCAUCGGCGUGCACCUGGACACCUGGCACGGGACGCUCACCUUCUUUAAGAACAGGAAGUGCAUAGGUGUGGCAGCCACCAAGCUGCAGAACAGGAAGUUCUACCCAAUGGUGUGCUCCACGGCGGCCAAGAGCAGCAUGAAGGUGAUCCGCUCGUGCGCCAGCGUCACCUCCCUGCAGUACCUGUGCUGUUACCGGCUGCGCCAGCUGCGGCCCGACUCCGGGGACACGCUGGAGGGGCUGCCCCUGCCACCCGGCCUCAAGCAGCUGCUGCACCACAAGCUGGGCUGGGUCCUGAGCAUGAGCUGCGGCCGCCGCAAGCCCCCCGCACCCUCCCCCAAGGCCACGGCCAGCGGCCCCGAGACCCGGCACUGCCAGAGGAAGCGCUGCCGACGGACCUGACUCAUUUCCCGUGAAAACUGCCUUUCUGGGGCCAAGUGGCCGCCUUCUUUGUCCCUCCCUUUGGACCAGGCUCCAGGGGCACGACUCGCAUGGAGGGCUGGCUUCGCCGGGACAGGCUCCAGGGUCCUGAGGGCAUCUGCUCCUUGCACCGCGAGGAAGCCGCCGGCCUGGCUCUUCCGGACCGACUAUGGGUCAGCGCCCGCGAGGACGCGGUUAGAGGCGGCGCUGUUGCCGCGGCCUUGCGUUUUCCUUCACUUGCUUUUUUGCAUGUCGUCAGCUGCUGUUCCUCCCGUCCCAGACCAAAAUGACCGUAAUAAACUUAGACUUUAUGUGA